CAUGUUCUUUUAUAGUUACAUGAUAAUGGUCAGCCACCUCGGUAGCUUGCUAGCUGAAACAUUGAAGCUCUUUAGACUCGUUCAUGUAUAUUAUCCACAGUGUUUUAAACUCACUUCUGUCGUCUAGCUAGUUAUCCCAUUUGAUUUCAUAUUGACAUUGUUGUUAUUAGUCAGCUAGCUGGCUGGUUUAGUUCACUAGCCUAGAUAGCUAACUGUUAGCUAACAUCUCCGACCAUGAGUUCACUGAGCUACUCUCCUCCUGAUAAAGAAGAGGAGGUCUGCUGGACGGAGAAAGGGGGUCUGUGGCUGAACGUUGUUGUGAAAGAAGAAGAGGAAGAGGAGGAUGUCACAGUAACAAAAGUAGAGGAUGAGGAUGUUGCAGUGAAAGAAGAAGAGGACGAGAAAGAGGAGGAUUCCGAUUUUGGAGAGGAGGGAGAGAUAACUGGUAUAUUGGAAGAAGAGGAGGAGGAGGAGGAUCUGAUUAACCCCAGAGAGAGACGUGACUAUCAUGGAUCCCCUGGGGAGCCUCAACAACAGCAUGAUGCUGACGAGGCAGAGGAGAGUCUCUCCACAUCAGAACACCUCAAGAAACACCAGCGGAAACCCACAGGGAAGAAACUUCACCACUGCUCUGACUGUGGGAAGAGUUAUUCCAGAUCAGAUUCACUAAAAGUACACCAGAGAAUUCACACUGGAGAGACAUCUCACUGCUGCUCUGACUGUGGGAAGAGGUUUACCUCUUCAGCAGACCUUAAAAGACAUCAGAGAAUCCAUACAGGAGAGAAACCUUAUAGCUGUGAUCAAUGUGGAAAGAGUUUUAAUGUUCCAAGCAGCCUAAAAACACACCAGAGAACACACACAGGGGAGAAACCUUAUAGCUGCGCUGACUGUGGGAAGAGUUUCUCAAAAUUAUAUACAUUACAAUCACACCAGAGAAUUCACACUGGAGAGAAACUUUAUAGCUGCUCUGACUGUGGGAAGAGUUUUUCAAAAUUAUAUACAUUACAAUUACACCAGAGAAUUCACACUGGAGAGAAACUUUUUAGCUGUGAUCAAUGUGGGAAAAGGUUUACUCACUCAAGCUGCCUGAAGGUACAUCAGAGAACACACACAGGAGAGAAACCUUAUAGCUGUGAUCAGUGUGAGAAGAAAUUUGUUACAUCUAGCAGUCUGACUAUACACCGGAGAUCUCACACAGGAGAGAAACCUUAUAGCUGUGAUCAAUGUGUGAAAAGUUUUACUUCAUCUAGCCAUCUGACUAUUCACCAGCGGACACACAAGAGAGAAACCUCAUAGCUGUAAUCAAAGUGGGAAGAGUUUUAUCCAAACAUCCUGAUAUAACACCAGAGAACACACACAGGAGAGAAUUCUUAUAGCUGUGAUCAAUGUGGAAAGAGAUAUGCUGGUAAAAUUUUGAAAAUACAUACAUGAAGUUGUUUCAUGAUAUCAAUAAAAUGUCACAAUGUAGAAUGUUUUUAACAUUGUAGUAGGAGUAUUUUAAUGAUGUCACAAUGUAAAAUGUUUUAACAUUGUAGUAGGAGUAUUUUAAUGAUGUCACAAUGUAGAAUGUUUUAACAUUGUAGUAGGAGUAUUUUAAUGAUGUCACAAUGUAGAAUCGUAAACGUUUGACCCCCUGUUCUAUUGAUUUCAGCGUGAUAUAGAUAUUAGCCUCGGGAUGAAUCCAGGCCUCAUCAGGGGAAGUAAUGAGUACUAUUUAUUUGAUUAACAAAAAAGUGAUUAACAAGAAAAAAGAGUUGUUACACUUGGCGCCCCAUUUGAAUGAGAAUGCAGCACUUCAAAAUGUAGCUAGCUGUUUUCUGCAGGUUGUCCUCUAACCAGUGGAGGUAAAAGAUAUCUCCCAUUUCCAUGUGUUUUUUUUUUAGUUGUGUUAGAUUCAACAGCACAUACAACCUGAUUUCCCCCCUAAUAGAUGUAUUGCCAGUUGUCAAAACAACAGCGUAAUUAAUAUACUUACUUACUGACUUUAUUGUCCCCAUGGGGAAAUUUACACAUUUAAAGUGGUGUUUAAAUACAAAACAAGAUUGACAAUACAACUUUCAUAACAGUUACAUACCUAUAAUAAUAGUAAGAAAUACAACUUUUUUUUUUAAGAAGAAGAAAAGACUAGCCUGCUGGCCUGACAGGGUCAAUGGGAACAUUCGCCCGAGCUAUUUAGGAGGGAUAUCACACCUGGCAUAAAUUAUUGUCUCGUUCUGUUUUUCCUGCUGAGGCCCUAUACCUGCGCCCAGAGGGGAGUAAUUCAAAGUCUUGGGGGUGGCUUGGGUCUAAAAUGAUGAUAUGAUAUGAUUACUACUGUGGAACAGGUUUGUGUAGAUAGUACAUUUUAUGUUUAACUUUUCAAUAUCACAAACUGUUUCUACAUAUUGGUUAUUGAUUUGACUUUUCACUAUCACAAACUGUUUCUACAUAUUGGUUAUUGAUUUGACUUUUCAAUAUCACAAACUGUUUCUACAUAUUGGUUAUUGAUUUGAACAAGUUAGAACUGUUCUGAUUUAAAAAAUAGCACAAAAAAAAAAUGUACAUUUUUUUUUUUUAAAUUAGGACUAUGCCCGAUGGACUAUGCCCGAUAUCUAAUUAUUAUUAUUAAAAAAAAUUUAAGUGACAGUUUAAAAUACAUUAUUGUCAAUACAUUUUAAAAGGGGUUCGGUUUGAUAUUUCAAAAUAUUUACAUUUAGUCAUCAGAAUUAUUUGACAAUUUUUUCGGUACAAUUAUAUUGUUUACUAACUUAUAUUUUGGGUUUGAUAUUACAUCCUAUUCUGACUAUUUUAAUCCAUGGCUUUUCCUUAGAAUGAUCAUUAGUCUUUCAUUUUUUUUGUUAUUCUUUAGUUUUUUUUAUCAUAUGUUGUGUAGUAAAUAUUAAUUUGAUUUGUUUUUUUUCCUGUGAAGCAACAUUUCUGAAAUGUGAAAUGUGUUUAUAUAAAUAAAGCUUGAUUUGAUUUGAACUUAUUGCAAAAAAACAAAUGAACCCAAUGACUGACCAAUCAACACUCUUGCAAAAACCAACAAAAAAAAUACGUGUUUGAGGCGUCACUACAGACACCCUGGUUCGAAUCUAGGCUGUAUCACAACAGGCCGUGAUAGUGAGUCCCACAAUGGGCCCAGCGUCGUCCAGGUUUGGCCGUUGUUGGCAGUCUUUGUAAAUAAUCAUUUGUUCUUAACUGACUUGCCUAGUUCAAUAAAGGUUCAAUUGAAAAAAUUAAAUGUUUUUUUUUUAAAUGAAAAAUAGUAUCAAUUCAGUAUAUCUUACACUAUGUCAAAAUAGUGCAUACUGUGUAAAUUUUAUCACUUUUCAACCAAUCCAGUACAUUUUUGUUGAAAAUU